UAAAACAAAUGAAGUAUUUUAAAAUAUUUUAAUUGACUUGCUGUAGUUUUUUAAAAGGACGUAAAUGUGUCGACCAUACAUUUUCUUUAGUACAACGUCAGCAUUGCUAAACGUGUACUGGCCCUUUAAAUGGACUACGCACAUGCUCUUCCGCAAACAUCCGGUUUUCGGGAAAGUGGAAGUAGAUUUUUUUUGUUUUACAAAACGUGUUUCAACGCUUCUCUUGACGUGCGUCAGGCUGCGUGUGCCCGUGUGAAGCUGCGCUUUGGUCCCAAAGCUGCUCGGUUGUCGGCAGAUGGAGGACUGCAGCCUGGUUUCAUGCAUAGAGGACAUUUCAUCGCUCCUGCCCGAAGGAACACCGAGUCCCAAGUACCAAGAUUUGGCCCGCCAGUUUUCGGCAGUGAGGAAAGUCUACGGUGAUGGAAACUGCUUCUACAGAGCGGUCUUCUUCGCACACCUGGAGUUGAUUCUGCACAACCCCAGAGCCCUGCAGAGAUUUAAGGACCAGAUAAUACAAAGUGGAAAAGUUUUGAUUUCUGCAGGAUUUGAAAAGGCUUCAUUCGACCACCUCCAGAGCACAGUCCUACAUGUGGUGGAUCAGUGCACUGCUGCAGAGCGCGAAGAUGUUCUCCUCAGGCUCUUCAACGAACAGAUCAUCUCAGACAGCGUUGUGCAGUUCCUCCGGUUGCUCACGUCUGCACACCUCCAAACCCAUGAAGACUUCUUCUGCAACUUCGUUGAGGCUCCAGAUCUGAAGGUGUACUGUCGUCAGGAAGUGGAGGUAAUGGCCAUGGAGUGCGACCACGUCGACAUCUUGGCCCUGUCGCAGGCUCUGGACCUUGGGAUCCACAUCGUGUCCAUGGAGGGUAACGGGCAGCAGCUGGUGCACCACAUCAUUCCUGAGGGAGUGGAUCCAUCCGUGCAUCUCCUCUACCAAACGUCACAUUACAACAUUCUCUAUCAACGGACUCACCUGUGACCAGUUCAGGAAGCGGCCAAA